AUGUCAAGAGCACUGACUGUUAGACUAUUGCUGCUAUGGGGCAGCGCCUGCCUCUGGAUGUUCAGCCCGACUCUGGGUGAUUUUGUCAUCCCUGGACCAAGAGGUGCUGCCAAGAAAAGAAAUACUCCGGAUGCCACGGUGGAAGUGCACAGUGUGAAGGUGGACUGUGCUGUGACCUCUCGUUUUGCUCACACCGUCAUAACAUCAAUGACUUUGAACAAAGCCAACUUCUCCCAGGAAAUCUUUUUCGAAAUGGACCUCCCAAAGACAGCCUUUAUUACCAACUUCACCAUGGAAAUUGACGGUCAAGUUUAUGUUGGAGAGGUGAAGGAAAAAGAGAAAGCCAAGAAACAGUAUCAGAAGGCAGUGUCUUCAGGACGUACUGCUGGACUGGUCAAGGCUUCUGGGAGGAAGAUGGAGAAGUUUUCAGUGUCUGUCAACAUUGCAGCAAAAAGUAACGUUACUUUUGUUUUGACCCACGAGGAGCUCCUUCAGAGGAAACUGGGCAAUUAUGAGAUUAUGACCCGAUUGAAACUUAAACAACUGGUCCAGGACUUUCAGAUUGUCGCAAAUAUCUACGAACCUCAAGGUAUUUCUUACGUUGACGCCCAAGCAACAUUCCUGUCAAAUGAGCUGCUUCCCCUGGUGGAGAAAAUUGUUACAGAGAAGAAGGCACAUAUAGCUUUCUCACCAACUCUGGAACAACAGAGGACAUGUCCAAACUGUGAUGGAACACUGAUAAAUGGAGAUUUUGUCAUCAAAUAUGAUGUGAACCACGCAUCGAGCCUUGGGGACAUUCAGAUUGUCAAUGGAUACUUUGUGCAUUUUUUUGCACCAUCCAACCUGGAAAGAGUGCCAACAAAUGUAGUGUUUGUAAUUGAUCGAAGUGGCUCAAUGUCUGGAACGAAAAUGUUUCAGACACGAGUUGCAAUGCAAUCCAUCCUUGGGGAUCUGCAAGAGGAUGACUACUUUGCCAUUGUUCCAUUUGAUGACGAGAUUGAAUGUUGGAAGGAGAACCUGGCUAAAGCGACUAAGGAGAACUUGGCUGUGGCUGUAAAAUAUGCACAGGGGUUGACAAGCAGAGGAGGCACUAACAUAAGUGGUGGAUUGUUAAAAGGUGUGAACAUGCUGCUUAGAGACAAAGCACAGAAGACAAUCCCAGAAAGAAGUGUUGACAUGAUCAUUUUACUCACUGAUGGAAUGCCAAAUUAUGGUGAGACCAAUCCAAACAACAUAAAUGGCAUGCUACAUUCCGUCACUGGUGGAAACGUAUCUCUAUUUAGUCUUGGAUUUGGAGAUAAUGUGGAAUAUGGCUUCAUAGAUACACUGAGCCAACACAACAAGGGACUUGCUCGUAGAAUCUUUGAGGCCUCAGAUGCUGCUCUUCAACUGAAGGGCUUCUAUGAGGAGAUCUCCAGCCCAUUACUUUCUGAGGUGGACUUACGUUACCCCAGCAAUGCAGUGGACUUCCUUACCACUAACCACUUUAGCCAGUUAUUUAAUGGCUCUGAGAUUGUGGUGGCUGGUCGGUUGAUAGACAAUAACAUGGACAACUUCCUAGUGGAAGUGUUUGGCCAGGGGUUUGAGGAGGACUUCAAAGUGCAGGGCCAGACCAGUGCUCUGGACUGGGGCACUAUUUACCCCGAUGAAGGCUACAUCUUUGGGGAUUUCACAGAGCGUCUAUGGGCUUAUCUCACAAUUCAGCAGCUAAUAGAGAAGAGCAAGACUGGUAGCAGUGAUGAUAAAGCCAAUGCCACAGCCAAGGCCUUGGAGAUGUCCCUGAAAUACAGCUUUGUCACUCCUCUCACCUCCAUGGUGGUCACCAAGCCUGAGACUGAGGACGGAAAAAACAGCACUCUCAUUGCUGAUAAACUGACUGAGGUGGAUGGAGAUCCUCAUUUCAUCAUAGAGCUCCCGGAUAGAGACGAUGCCUUAUGCUUUAAUAUUAAUGACAAACCGGGAACUAUUUUCACACUGGUUAAAGACACAAAGUCAGGUAUUUUGGUGAAUGGCCAGAUCAUAGGAGACAAGCAAAUUCCUCCUGAUGGUAAAAUGUACACCUAUUUUUGGCGAUUUGGCAUUAUUCAGCGAACUUUAGGAGUGCGAUUGGAGGUGAGCACAAAGGGCAUUGUAGGGUUCCAGGAUGGCAAGAGGCUCAAGUUACGAUGGUCCAACUCCACUACCAUCAAAGGAGACAGCAUGGACAUUCUCUUGACCAAGGACCGCAGCCUCACAAUAACUCUAAAAGAUUCAGUCAAGUUUGUGAUUGUGUUACACAAAGUGUGGAAGAACCACCCAUACCACAGGGAUUAUUUGGGUUUUUACACACUGGACACCCACAUCCUGUCACCUUCUGUUCACGGCCUACUAGGUCAAUUCUACCACGGUAUUCAAUAUGAGGUCACAGACCUGCGUCCCGGAGAAGUCCCAGAGAAACCAGAUGCCACUAUGUACGUCAAGGGACAAGAGCUCAAUGUGACCAGGGGCUGGCAAAGAGACUUCAGAAGAGAUGUAAAAAAUGGAGAGAAUGUUCCCUGCUGGUUCAUUCAUAAUAAUGGGACAGGCCUCAUUGAUGGACAUGCCUCAGACUACAUUGUGUCUGGUCUCUUCAAAAGUGUUUAG